UCAUAAAUAAAUGUCAAAAUAACUCUCUCGAUGCCAAGUAAUUAUUUGUUGUUUUAGAUUGUUUUAUCUUUUAUUUCCGCGGUAAGCAUCGAGAUUGAGUUAUCCGCGAUAGUUUAAAGUCGUUUUUAUUAUGAUAAUUAAUCAACUGCGUGAUUUUUAAAUAUAUUUCGCGUACAUAACUUUUGCGCUUGAAAAUGUCAAAAUGUUUUUUAGUGUUUUUCAUGUAUAUUUUUGGUGAAACGAAUAGAAUAAUUUAUCAAUAUGAUGUUACUUAGUGCAGUGUCGAUACCGUGAUUGAAAAUAAUUGCUGAGAGGUGAUCUGUUCGUGCUAAAUCUCUUGUAUUGUGGUGCAUAGAGGUUAGUUUUUGUUCCCGCUAUUAUGGGGGUACCAUCCCCUUUGCUGGUUGCGGCUUGUUCCUGCUCAGUUUAUCCCCGGAAGGACUGGUGCGGGCUUGCUGAUAUUAAACGGAUUCACAUUUUACAUGAAGAAUCAUCAAGCACAUGGCAAAAAGCAGUGGUAUUGUUCAUCAAGGGACGUUCAUGGUUGUAGAGCAGACGUCAUCACCUACAAAGACAUAUACUACCUCCCAUCACAUCGUACUGGCAGCAUGGUGUUGAUAUUCAAAGACAAUAAGUACUGGAUCAACAAUCGGUACCAGAACACCAUCAACUGGACAUGCAGAGAUCGGAAGAGGAUUGGAUGCACCAGCUGCGUGCAGACCACAGUAGAAGUAUUGCUGGUGAAAGGGCGCAACGGCAAAGACCUGCUAAUGUUAAACGGUUACACCUACUACCAGCACAAGUUGUUGAGGGACGGCUUCCGAUGGAGCUGCACCCAGAUGGGAUCCAGGUCCUGCAGGGGCUUCCUGCAUGUUACCAACGAAAUGUUGGUGGUACGAGCCCACACAGAGCACACUCAUCCCCCGUCCACAUAUUUCUUGGAGAGCAUCAGGGACUCUGCAAAAGAUGAAAACAAGAAAAGUAUGGAAGCAAUAAAUCCCUUGGCAUUAAAAAUCGGCAACGUGCACGGUCGUGCGUUGCACUAAUAAAGUAUUAAAAUUCAGAUAAUUCAGCGAGAAGAACCACGAUUUAAUGGUUUUCUGGUUAUCCCGCUCGGAUUGUUAUAUCCUGGUUCUAGAUAUCAAAGCUGACGGUUUGUUCGUCACACAACAUUGAUGGUUGUGUGUCAAAUAACACCUCAAGGGCCAGCUAGUUGAUGUUGGACCUUCGAUUUUAGAAUCGCAAUGUUGUGCAACGUGUAUCAGUACCUGUUUAAAUUAUUUAAUUCACUUAGCAUGGUUGCGCUCUGGCUAACGUUUUUCAUGUAUGUUGCUAAAUAUUGCCGUAUUAAAUGUGACCGUGUUAAAUUUUGCCGAUAUAAUUGUUGAACUGGCAAAAGUGACUUCUUUGUUAUUUGAUUUUUGGGUCUACAUUGCAUUUAACCUGUGCAAAGAUUUAUGUCGAUUCUUUAAAGCUAUGUUAUCGUUAACUAUGUAAUCGUUUAUUGUAGAUAUUAACAUUAUUGCCACGUAUAUUCCGAAUUGUGUAUCCUUUUGAUAUAGUUAUUUAAGAUAUAAUUAAUGUUAGUUGUUUUGUGAGAAAAAUGGAAAUCGCGUUGUUAUUUAUCGUCAUGGUAGCUGCAAUGGUAUUUUAGAAUAACAUAUACAAACGAAUCAGGUUGAUUCGUGUAGAUAAGAUUAAAGUGAUUAUAAUCUGUCAUUAAAUGUAUAUAGAAAUAAAUAUCUUUUUGUGUCUUUGAUUUAUUCAUGUAUUUGCAAGAAUGUCCUCUCUUAAUAUCGAACUCCAUAAUCUAUCUGUGUGUUGUAACUAACCGUUUAACAAAAUGUUUAGCAUCCUGAAAUGUUAUACAUAUUACAUCUUGAAUACUAAGUUUUAUAUUGUUAUAUAAGUGUCUGGAAACGGAACUAUUGACAAUUGCGAUGUACAAAGACAAAUCAAAAUAGAAAUCAUUUAUUUUACCAAACUGUUGAGUAUUUGUCUGCUAAAACUUCAGUUCUGAUGUACAAAUUAUGUGUGUUACUAACAUGUUUUUUCCUUAGAUUGGCGUAGAAGACAACUUGUGGUACAUAAUUUCAAUGCUUUUGUAGAGAUGAUUAUUUACCUGUGGGACUCACCUUCGUAUUUGUGUUUUACCUAUUAUCCUUAAACGUCAGUCACUGAUGCCAGCUGCCUACAUUCUACAUUGUUUGAAGGAAUACAGUUGGCACCAACAUAAGCAAUGGCUUAGACUUAAGAACAUAAUUAAAACUUCUUCGGAAUUCGAAAUUUGUAUAACCACACCAAUACAUAUGUGUUUAAGAGUAUCACAUCCAAAUAAAUAUUGAUCACGU